AGCCGAGGCAGUUCCGAAUGGUUGUGUCAAAGUAAACAAAUUUCCAAAAAUUGAUAAACUGAAAAGGAUUGGAGAUGGCAUCUGAAAGUCAUGACGUGAAGGUGUAUAUAUAUGAUAUUUCAAGAGGGUUAGCAAGAACAAUGUCGCAAGCCUUCUUAGGAAAGCAACUAGAUGGUGUAUGGCACACAGGUAUUGUGGUAUUUGGCAAGGAGUAUUUUUUUGGUGGAGAUACAGGUAUUACGUGCUGUUCACCGGGAGGAACAAUAUUAGGACAGCCUACACAAAUAUAUGAUCUAGGAAAAUCACAGAUUCCCUAUGACAUGUUUAUGGAAUAUUUACAUGAUUUGUCUCAGUCAACUUUCAGGGGAGAGCGCUAUCAUUUACUGGACCAUAACUGUAACACAUUCAGCUCAGAGGUGGCUCAGUUCCUAACAGGUAAAGAUAUACCAGCCACUAUCACUGGGCUUCCAGCCGAGGUCAUGAGCACCCCAUUUGGACAAAUGAUCCGACCAUUUAUUGACGCCAUGUCAGUUCAGCCUACUGGAGGUCAUACUUUAUUUUCUGAUACGCCACCUUCUCGUUCAAACAAAGCCACGCCUACAACCAGUCAGCCAAGCAGUAAAGUCCCGCCUACAACUAGACAGUCACGGAAUUCUCCACGGUCAAAACAGGAUAAAGAGGCACACAAACCAUUUACUUACUCAGUGGAGAUAAGGAGUCUAUCAUAUUGGUGUUCUUCAGAGUUAGGACUUUCCUCUAAUGUACAGGAUUAUUUCAAAGACAUAUAUGAUUUCCUGUCACAGGCAGACCCCAGCUGGAGUCUAGGUCAUGACCAUGUGACCACAUUAUGUAGACUGGUACUAGACAAUGAUUUACAUGCUCUACAGCUACUGUGUAGACUGGUUUUGAAGGAAGACAUUGUACAGUUAAUAUCACAUGAUAAAAAAUCAAAGUUUCCAGAUAUUCUUGACCAUUUUGAAAAUUUCACAGAAGAAAUGAAGAUUUGUGCAUUAAAGAUGAUGACAAAUUGCUGUAGCCUUGCCUCCGGACACUCCUUGUUGCAUGACAGGUAUAGACAGAGGACAGACAUAAUCUGUGUAUCAGGCUUGUUGUCAGAAAGUGCAGAAAUUACAUCAUCAGCUAUAGCACUCAGUUAUAAUCUUUCACGUAGAAAGCUAUCUGAAGAUUCAGAGUUAGAGAUAGGAAGUGCCCUAUUGAAUUGUAUAGAGAAAGAUCUUGAUGAACAAGCAGCAUUUCAUCUCCUGACAGCUGUUCUUAAAAUGAUGAAGUCUAAUGAACAGGUGAAAGGUCUAGCAGGUGUUCUUGGCAUCAAUGUUGAAAACCUCAAAUCCAAGUCUGACAGAAUAGCUGCCCUAUGUGAUAGUAUAUCAGUUCUCUUAUGAAGACGAAGAGAGUAAUUCCUUAUUUAAUACAAAAAUACAAACCAUUUUGACAUAGCAAUAAGAUUUUAUAAUCUUCUGUCUUGUUCAUUUUGGCACAGAGUGCAAAAAGGUGUACACGAUUACAAGUGCCAAAUGUUGGUAUAGAGUCCUCAUGUAAAUUGUUUGUAGAAGUUCCAUUUUUUAACUUAGAUCAAAUUUUAUUGAUUGAUUUGAAAAAGCUUUGAUCAGUCAUCAUUUUAAACUUUGAUCUGUUAUUUAUUAAGACUUAUUGGUCUGAGCAUUACUUUAAUUGUUUACUAGUUAUUAAUGAUUGAACUUCAGUUACAUAUAUAUAGGGGCUAAGUAAUUUAAUGGAUAUGUUUUAUUUUUUGGGUUUUAAGUCAACCAGCCACUGUAAAGGUUUAAAUGCCGAUUUUCAGUUAGAUUUUUAAGGGUCUUUUUCAUUGGUUAGUAUAGACAUAUGUAGAAGUUUAAUAUUGCACUAUAGCUUUUAGGAGGUCAAUAACAUCUUUUGUAUUACAUGUAUUACAACACCUCUGUUAAAAAUUGUAAACAUUCUACUUGAUUCUUAUGCUUUCUAAUGAAUAAAAAAGUAAUGAUAAAUCUCGGUCGUUUAACAAGCAUCUUUUUCAUGUGCGAUAAGAGAUGCCAGUUUAGCAAGUAAGCUUAAGCCAUAUUUCUGUAGUAUUUGUUCUCUAAGAAUAAGGCCUAAAGUUAUUCUCUUGUUUUUGUUGGUUUUCGAUCUCUUGUGACGCUGUCUAAUCAGAUAUCUAUAUGGAGUUAAGUUUUUGUUGUGAAAGAGGAAUCCAGUGAAUUUGUCACACAUGUGUCCAUUUUCUUUCUCAUGGGCUCACAUCUCUUUUCACCAGUGUCUUUUAAAUCUCCAGCCUUAUUUUUUUUAUUUUGUCAAUUUGAGUGAAUAGCGUUGCAACACUUUUCAAUUUGGAGUACAUUUGCUUAAUAACAUUGAUUAUCCCUGGGGAAACGGCAUAUUUAAAAAAAUAUUUUUCCCAGAUAAACAAAACAUGUAUUAGAAUGCCCUUGCAUAUAAUUUAACUUAACAAGUACCUAUAUCUUAUUUAUGCUUUCUUACUAAAGUUUCGUUAUCUGUGAUAAUUUUUUGUUUUGUUUAUUAUGUGACUUAAAUAAAUGAUUG